UAGAGAACAGAAGAGAAUUAAAAGUCAUCAUUUUAUGUUAAUUGGCAAAAAUUCCUAGAAACUUGCACACUAUAUUUCUUACAUCUACCUAAUUACUAUUAUCACAGUUAAAAUUCUACUUAAAGCUAGUAUCACAGUGGUUAUCACAGUUAGUUUCAUUUAAUAGUGAUUUUUAUGCUGAAAAGCUGGGCAGUUCUUCGUUCAGUUGCAUUAUGAGAGACGGGAGUAGUAACACCUGUUGUAGCCAUGUCGUUCGAUAGUCUGCCGAUAGAAAUGAUGUUAGCGAUUUUCGAAUGGCUCAACCUGAACGAACUGUACGAGAUCAGUGUGGUAAACCAUCAUUGGUAUCGAGUAGCCGGUAUCCUUAUAGCCCGGAGAUGCUGGUUCGUGGUUAGCAGUGUUCAGCAGAAAAAUUUAGAAACGUUAAUGGUCAGCGAACGCCACCAUCGGAGCAUACUGAUUCAGCAGCUCAACAGUGCCGGCUGGGAACAGAUUGAGCCUGUGCUGAGCAUUUGCAGCGGUAGGCUGGCAGUGAGACAGAUGAUGGUUUGCCGAACUAUGGCAGAUUCGUUGAAACAGCUUUUUCAAAAGUUUGGCUCUUGGUUGGCGGAUUUAGAAGAAUUGCAUGUAUCUUUCGAUCAUCGAUUUUUGAGAAACGACGGGUGGAGUGGCUGGAGCCAUACCAUUUGUUUGCCAAAAGUGCAACAAUUGUAUUGGAGUGAAAACCAUUUGAGGCGAGGAAACCGUACUAUCAGUAUCGAUGCACCCGUUUUGAAACGAUUAGUUGUUAACGACAGCUUUGGUAGUAAGCUUAAUCUUAUCUUGAUGAGAAGCGAUAAAAUGGAAACAUUAGAAUGUACAUUGUAUAGGAAAAAUUUCGGAGAUAUGUUUCAGCAAGCUUUAAAUAACUUGACAUGCUUAAUUUUGCGAAUCUACAAUACCAUCCAGGACGUCGGGUUUCUUCGAUCUCUUGGAAAUCUCACAUGGCUUAAUCUGGCCCUAGAAUACGAUAAAGAACUUUUACCUCUGUUGUUUAAUCAAACUAUUGAAAUAAUUUGUAAAUACAAAACCCUCGAGGGGCUCCAAAUACACAUGAUGGAAAACGAGGGAGCACUUUGCAGCGUCUCACUGGCUCAACUUGGCCAAUCACUGCCAAAUCUUGUUCAGUUAGAAUUGAAUAACAUAUGCCUUAAGGUCAGCUCUAGACCAACAAACAUUUUUCAGAACUUAGCGUUGCUCAAACUCACGGAAGUAGUGCUCAGGAACGAGCAGCCGCUUUACCUUAAUUACCCGAAUUUGGAAAUUAUCUCACUGUCACUUUUGCUACUUCCUUCGAUUGUUCUACAAGACGGGCGUACACCGCAGAAGCUAUUCGUCAAUCUGGAUGCUUUUCGCAUCGAGGAAUCCAUUGUGCUAUACUUGUUGCCUUUCCUCAAUCGUUCGCCGAAGGUACGCGACGUAACGCUAUAUAAGACUGAUCAACACGAUAACCUACCGUCCAACUUUGGCCUGCCUCAACCGAUGCCGCUUGCUGUCGAUAGACUACAUCUGAUCAAUCUGGAGCUUACUGUCUAUUGCAUCCAGAAGCUUGCCGAAUCGGAAACUCUCAGGCAUCUGAUCUUAACUCGGUGUGUCGUACGGAUACGCUACGAAAUUUGGGAAUCGGUCAUGCCCCUACAUCGGUUGAAAACGCUGCAACUUCGUUCCGUUCAGUUGGACGACAGCGGCCGAAUGGAGUUUCCAUUUACCUGUCGGAGCAAAGUACCCAUCAUCGGGCGAAAGGGAUCAACAACUGGAUAUGUCUUCAACACGGCUAUUCCCGACGAUUUCACGGAUACUCUCGCAUUUGGUGUGGAAGAUAUUCGUAUUCGACCGACUGGUUGGAAAAAGCACUAUACCGUGAGCCCAGUGUGAGUUAAGUCAGGCAGCGUGACGUGACUGUAUGUGAUGUCGAAGGUUGGUUCAUUAGAGGAUUUGACACCCGCCUUUUACUCGAUUAUGAGGUUUAAUGGACAAGCCGAGGUUUGGGCAUUGAUCGACGAGAAGUAAACCAAUUAUCGGUUAUAUUGAUAUUAAAGGUACCUAAAUUAGUUUGACGAUUAUUCAAAUAAAACCAAAAUGUGUAAUGAAAAUCAUGGACAUUUCUUUCUUCAGAGCCCAUCCAGUUUAACU